UAAAGCAAUGCAUAGAGUUCACUUCACACUGCAAACAUAAAACUUGAGAGAGAGAAAAAACAAUCAUGGUGAACACGGUGAACGUAAUUUGGUCCGUCGUUAGUUGGGUAGUGAAAAUGGCUGGUUUAAUGCUCUACACAGUAGAGAUAGAACCAGGCACAGUAAUGAGAUUCUGGGUUCCUUCUAACACCAUUUCAAAAUCCUACAAACCUAUUUCGAAACCUACAAAGCCAGUAGUGGUUCUUCUGCAUGGCUUCUGCGGCGACGGACUUGCAACAUGGCAGUUCCAAAUCAGCCCUUUAGCCAAAGACUACGCGGUUUACGUGCCCGACUUAGUUUUCUUCGGUGGUUCUUUAUCCGAUAAGCCGGACCGGUCACUGGCUUUUCAGGCCGAGUGUGUGGCGGCCGGGUUGAAGAAACUCGGUGUCGAGAAAUGUGUUGUGGUUGGAUUCAGUUACGGUGGAAUGGUGGCGUUUAAAAUGGCUGAGAUGUAUCACGAACUGGUUCAAGCGGUGGUUGUAACUGGUUCAGUUUUGGCUAUAUCGGAGUGUAUGAUUAGUAAGGCAGUGGAAGAUGCUGGGUUUUCUUCUUGUUCGGAAAUGUUGAUGCCAUCUUCUAUACAAGGAGUGAGGACACUUCUUUCAGUUGGUUUCUACAAAAACAUUCCUUUUCCCAAUCGUCUGCUCAGUGAUUUUAUUAAGGUGAUGUUCUCAAAUAGGAAAGAGAGAAGUGAAUUAUUAGAGGCCUUAGUCAUUAGCUACAAAGACAUCAACAUCCCUAAACUUCCACAGCAAAUAUUUCUUUUAUGGGGUGAGAAAGACAAACUUUUCAAACCAGAGAUUGCGCAGAGCAUGAAAGAUAAGCUUGGAAAUAAAGUAACAUUUCAAGAGAUAAAGGAGGCUGGUCACUUGGCUCACUUGGAGAGACCUAGUAUUUAUAAUAGGAGCCUUAAACAGUUUCUUUCUUCUGUUAUGCUUGGUGAAAGAAAAUAAUGCAACUCAUAUCUAUGAGUAUGUCAAUGGAGUGUUUUGUAAAUUCUAAAUUGAUAAGUUGUUUGAGUGAGUCCAAUUGUGUUUUGUAAGUUCUACGUUGAUAAGUUGUUUGAGUGAAGUCAGUUAUGUCUUUGCUUUUAAGUUAUUGUUGUCAAGUGCUUUAAUACACUAAUAUGAAUGUUUUUAUUAAAGGUAUUCAAGUAAACUCUUAUAAAGA